CUUUUUUUUUAAGUGUCCUUUUCGUUCCCCUCUUUGCUCUUGGGAUGGUAGAGGAGCGAAGGUAGUAGAAAGAGAACUGAGGUGCGUGCUCCUGCUGCCCUCGUCGCAGGAGAUUUCUCCGGGUGUCCGCGAUCUAAGGUCAGGAUCUUGGGUCUUGGACGAUGGGGAAAUCUCCUGGAAGGUGGAUCAAAACACUUCUCUUUGGAAAGAAAACCAGAUCCCAAUCUACCAAAGGAUGGGAUGCUUCGAAGGCUGCUAAUGAGAAAGGCUUCGAUGGUGGAAAAGGAGAAACUAUAUUAGCUGUGCAUUCCCCAGUGAUCUCUGAACCAAUAUCAAUAAGUGGAGUUAUCUCAACAUCAGAUAAAGGAGAACCAUCAAAUAUAGGUGGUAAUGCACCGGUUAUUUCACAUGUUAGUCAAGGAGUCAUGGGACUCAGCACACUGAGUGAUGCAAAUGCAAACAAUGGCAUAGAAGAGCAGGCAGCAAUAAAGGCACAGGCAGCCUUCCGUGGUUAUCUGGCACGCAGGGCUUUUCGUGCAUUGAAGGGUAUUAUUAGGUUGCAGGCGCUAAUACGUGGGCAUCUGGUGAGAAGACAAGCUGUUGCAACUCUACAUGCUAUGGAGGGAAUUGUCAAGUUACAAGCGGUAGCUCGUGGAAGAAGAGUUAGACGUUCCAUUAACAACCUUAAAGUCACUUCCAAAUUUAGUCAGUUGAAGACUGCAGGUCCUAUCACACAGGAUGAUUGGAAUAUGAAAUAUUCGUCAAAUGCAUUUAUUGCACAGCUUCUCGCAUCAUCACUGCUUGCAAAGCCUCUGCAAAUUCAGUAUGACAAAGGAGACCCCAAUUCAGUCUUCAGUUGGUUAGGGAGAUGGUCAUCCACCAGUUUUUGGCAGCCAAAUUCCAAGUCAAAAAAGGCUAUUGUUCCAAAAGGACAGACAAAACGGGGCAACUGCAUUAUGGACACUGAAUCUGGGAAAACAAGGCACAGCAUUCGUACAAGUCCUGCUUCUAAUGUUGGAGCUGGUCAAACAAAUCCCAGCUAUGAACCUGAGAAAACAAAACGGAACCUAAAGAAGGUGCCCACUUCUGCUGAAUCAGUUCAGGAACAUCCACAGUCUGAGCUUGAAAGGGUAAAACGCAACUUAAGAAAGAUAUCUACUGCAGUAAACGAUACUUCUGAGCUACCAGAUGUUGAAACUCAGAAAUCAAAUCUAAGUUCUAAAAAGGUGGAUGCUGGUUUAUCUGAGAAUCUAGGCCAUGGAAGUGAGGAAUCCAUUGAAAAACCAAAGAAAGAUAAUUCUCCAACUCCAACUUUGGAGACUUUUGUUGAAACUGCUCUAGAGACUGUCAUAGCAGGACCAGUUGAUUUGCUGCUUGAUGACAAGUCUACAAAUGAGUUACAAUUGUUGCAGCAGAUUGAUAACGUAGAGAACCAUGUAGCCAUGGGUGGGGAGCUAAGCUUAAAGGAAGAACAAUUCUGCCAUGAAAACCAGAAAAUCAGCAAGCGGAGGUCUUCCUUCUCUACCAAAUCAGAGUAUGCAGAAAACGGAAUGUCAAAUACUCCUGUGCUUCCAAGCUAUAUGGCAGCUACUGAAUCUGCUAAGGCAAAACUGCGGGGACAGAUAUCACCGAGGUUUGUAUCAGAAUCAAUUGACAAAAAUGGCUUUACCCGUCGUCAUUCUCUGCCAUCUGCCGAUGGCAAGAUGAGUUCGCCUAGGACAAAGCGACUAAUCCAGACUGGUGGCAAGGGGGGAAUCGGUAGAGAUGUAAAUGAGAGGGCAAUUCAGGUGGGCUGGAGGCGGUGAUCAUCUUGUGGGAUUUCAAAUAGGCCAACGAGACAUAAAUUUGUAGCUUAUGUAGAUUUUCUUCUUUGAACUGUUCCAUCGUGUUAUAAAAACCCUGGUGUGUUGUAAACCUGUGCACGGUCUGUUUGGAUGCAGCCAUGUCAUUUGUUGUGUAUAUCCAAUGCAUGCCGGAUUUGGUUUCUUCCAGCUCUGAACUUUGUUGUUGUAUUAGACGUGUACAUCAUGUUUGUGUGAUUGUUCAUUUGAUAGGAAUAAUUGCUCUAUAUGGUUGUCUAA